UGAAAUUUGUGGAGACAGCAGAACCUGAAGAUACCCGAGACCUCAGAUACAUUUACUUAUUUACAAGGUCAUUAAUCUGUGGACACCAUGGAGCUCAUCAUUAAACUGCUGAGUGGAGAAACACGUUCUGUGUCCAUCACACCGACCACCACUAUCGGUGAUCUGAAGUGCACUAUCGCCCAGAUGUACAGCACCAGCACCUCACGCCUGAAGCUCUCAGUCACCAACGGUCGCGUCAUCCAGCUGGACCACGACCAGAAGACCGUGAGUGAUUACGGCCUGAAAUCAGGAUCCACUGUGAUGCUGCUGAUCUCCGCGACCUCCAUGCCUUUCCAAGUGUUCGUGAGGAAUUUGCAGGGUUUAACCAAAACUUACGAGGUCACAGAUGAUGAAACUGUAGAUCAGCUGAUGAAGAAGAUCCGCAACAAAGAGGGCGUACCGGUGGACGAGCAGAGGCUGAUCAUCAACGGCCAACAGCUCGAGUCCGGCCUGAGGCUGCGGGAUUACAACAUCACUCCAUUAGGCACCAUUACUAUGUUACACCGACUGAGAGGAGGAAUGUAGUUAAACUCUAAGUGUUAAAAAAUCCAAGUAAAAACAGUUAGCAUCACAUUCUCUUAUGCAAGUUUGCAGUCAGUCACAAUUCACAUUCCAGUACUGAAAUGUUCCCUGUUUAAAUGUUAUUCAUUACAUUUGUUCU